AUCCAGAAGGACAUUGAACUGAAACAGAAAAUCGUAUUAGAAAGGUUUGGUAAAGAAUACAGUCUUCAGCUGGAUUACAUUGAAUAUCUGGAUGAACUAGCCAACGAAAUAGGCUGUAAGCCUAAUAUUCUUGGACUGCUUGUGGCAGAUCCUGUUCUAGCAUUAAAAGUAGUCUUUGGACCAUGCACACCAGCACAGUAUCGCUUGAGGGGUCCAGGGCAAUGGCCAAUGGCCAGGAAGCAAAUUGUGAAUACAUUUGAUCGAAUACUAAAACCUACCAAGACUCGUGUGGUUCGGACCCACAAAGAGAAAUUGUGGAUAGUUUAUGGGCUGGUGGCACUGUGUAUUCUUGCUCUGCUCUUAGCUUUGGCUAUG